CGUACACCUUGUGUUGGUAUUGUUACCAUUGUUAUCAACCAAAUGGUCACUUUAAAUGGUAAUCACGGCCACGUAGACCUUGGCUUGGUAUUGUUAUCUACCAUUUAAAGUGACCACUUGGUUAUUGCGGUCACGUAAACCCUUUGUUUGUGGUGAUCCUUAAUGUCCUGCUGUCGUUCCCAUAUUUAUAAUUGAAUCAAGUUUAUACGUUUAGAGUCCUAAACAUAUUACCUUAUGAUACUUCUCAGGAAUGAGCUCUUUUAGAUGUGUACCUUGGAGUGGAAUUUGGGUGCAAUUUCUGUAAUUUCUUACAGCUUUUUCGGUCAUUAUGUUUUAAAGCUGUAUGUCGUCAGCAUAUAAAUGAAAAUACACUCCAUACUUAUUGAAAAUAGAGGCAAGUGGAAGCAUAUACUGAAUAGAGUAAAAAAAAACUGGUACAAGGAUUGAUCCUUGAGGAACUCCAGAGUUAAGCAGUACACUGUAAAAAAUCCAACUUGCAAAUUGUUAACUCAAUUUAAAAUUAUGUUAGGUGGACAAAUUUUUGAGCACAGUGUCGAGUUUACUCAUAAAAGAGAGUUAACUGCAUGUUUAGUACUAUUUUGUCCAAUGAAAAUAAACUAUUAAGUUGGGAAAAUGUAAUAUUUUGAUUUAUUAAUUCAAGCGUUUAACUUCCUGUCAUUGCGCAUGCGCAGUCUGUUUCCGUAGCAUUUUGCACAGGGUUUCCCCUCAUCAGCCACAUUUUAGAAGGGGCUGAAUGUGCUCUGGUUCAGGUAAGCUUUAUUUUAGUUUUAUUAUCGAAAAUAACCUAAAUAAAUUACACAAAAGCUUAAUGUAUAAUGUAAAGUUAUGUUUUGGAAAGGUUUUUUAUGGAAUGUAGUGAUAUUUUCCAAUGAGCUCAGACAGCUUACGUGCUUCAUUUGAAGGUCAUGUUCAUGUCACUUUGUAAAAUUUGAAUGAAAUGUAUCAAAUAACACGAUUUUAUUGUGUAAUUUGUAGUUAUCCCUGUCUAAACCAUGUACAGAAAAGGUGAUUGAAGAUAUUUUAUGCCACUACAACUGUCAAGCUGACCAAUCUUUAAUCACAGAAAUCACUAAAGCUGUUCAUAGAACAAAUCCUCUUUACGCUACCACUGACAAAGGAACCUUAUCUACUGAUCAUAAACGCAAAGUAUAUUACAAACAAAACUUUGAUGUUGUUGAACCUGUUGAAUUUGUAUUCAGUAGACCAAAAAAACAAACAUUUGUUUAUGUUCCUAUUCUUGAAGUCUUAAAAAGAUUUCUAUGUCAUAGUGAGACUGCUGAAAAGACUUUUUCUAAUGCUACCACAGAUGAAUAUCUAGGUAGAAAUCUCAUGGUGUCACCUAAACAUUUUUUGUUACAUUAAAGCGUGUUCCCCUCUCUCCCCAGAUUUCUAGCAGCACUAAAUGGUAUAUUUUGUUUCAGAAAACCAUAAUGUUGCAUAAUGAGUGAUUGUGACUCCAGAGUGCAUAAAAAAGCUGACACUUCCCUCAUCCCCACUCCCCUCAAGUGCCAUCAUCAGUAGAUGAGCUCAAAGAAAUUCUUUGUGACAAACUGAAAAUUGAUCAAAACUUUGUGAUCCAGUACGAGGACCCUGAUUUUGAUUUUGCAAAGUAACAUAGAAGAACUUCCAUCUGAUAAGGUCACACUGAAGAUUAUCUGGGAAAUGUUCAAAAUAGCAUCAGUAAAAGAACCGCCAAGAAACGAAAGCACAGGGUCUGACACUGAUUUUACACUAGACACAGCAAGCAUCCCAUCCAAUCUGUCCAGUCCAUCUUCCACAGUCAGGGAAGAGCGUUGGCCACCCGUUUUCCAAAUUCCAAAUUUCUCUUAUGAUGUAGAGUUCAGACUGAGGAAAGCUAAUGAAGUCUAUGAAAAACAGAACACUACCAUGGAUGUUAAAAGAGAUGACAAGUCAGAAAUACUGGAGAAGUUGGCAGAAACAAUAUACUCCUUUAAAGCUAACCCAAGUGACUCUGAAAUUGAGCAAGUAGCAGCUGCGUUAGUUUUCAGACAUCCAUGUUUAAGGGAACUUGGCUGUGACACAGGAUGCAAGGGCUGGAAGAUGAGCUUAAAAUUUAAAAUGGGGAAUUACAGACAAAAAUUACGCAAUGCUAGAUGUAGUGAGCUUGACAAUAAAAGAGAUGAUGGUUCAAGAGUUCCCCAGAAGAAACCACGAAGAUCAGAAGUCAACUUUCUUCCAGACAAUCCUGUUGGUUUGGAUGAAGAGGCAUUGGAACAUGAAAGGGAACAGCUUGAGCUUGAAGUCAAGAAGAGGAACAUGGACAUGACAGUACUAAAUUCUAAAAUGGAAACUACAUUCCGUCUCAGGAGAAAAGAAAUUGUCAGUGAGCAGCCUUUGGUCUCUGUCAUCAAAGAAAGAUGGCCUGGCCUCUUUUUGGAAGAGCAAGUUUACACAGAGUUCCAAAGGAUCACUUGUGUGGACCUUAAAACAGCGUUCAUGACAGCUCUUAACAAACAUAGCAACACCCUCAUCAAAAUGUUUCGAGCAAAGAGUAAAGACCUUGGAGAUGAGUUGAAAAUUUUACUGGACCAUUUUGACGAGCAGACAACAGACAUCCUAUCACACAGACACACUACGGCUCUACAGGGACUCCCCUUGUACCUCAGGGAACGUGACGUAAUAUUAAAGACUUGUCUGGACACGGAUUUAGAGGAGACUUACACAAGAGUAGUGAAACUGGCCAUUCUCACAGUCAUGGAGGAUAAUCUCUCACAGGCAACAAAGAGAUGUCUAAACUUCGGCAUCAUCCUGGAGGAAACCGUGGUCAUGGAGGACCUACCUGACUUUCCCACUGCUUUCAUGGUACUCUUUGGACUUCUAUAUGCUCUGAAUAUUGAAUAUCUAAAAGGACUAAAAUACACAUUUGAGGCAGUGCAGAACAUCUUUGUGGGAUUGGGAGAAAAGUGCACCAGCAGAGUUCAGUCCCUGAAGAAUAAGCUUUUUAUUGUAUAGGGAGUUUAAGAUGCAUUGAGUUUUUUCAGAUGCUCUUAUUGUUGGUGGGUACCUUUUGGUAUAGUAAUGUUUUUUAGAUGUUACUGUAUAUUGUGUAAUGGUGAAUUUUGAGUUUUAAGUUUUAAGACUUGCAGAGUUAAAUUAUCUUAAAAUUGAAAUGUUUAUUCAUUUAACUGAUAUUCGUUGAUAUAGGCCUACUGUUCAUUCAUACUAAAUGUUUCAUAUUUAGGUGAGUCAGUGCUUUGUAGAUGGAUGGACUAUUUUAUAGAUCCUUAAAAUUUUGACCGUGUGCUGCUGCUUAGUCACCUGUUUCAUAUUCAGUGGCAGUGUUUUGUACAACUCUUAACUGCAGUGUUUAAUUUUAGUUGUAGAGUUGCAGUAUUUUAAUUUGACAAAUUGUAAUUGUCAUGAUGAUGACUAUACAUUUAUUUGCAUUCAACAUGCUUGUGAAAAGGGUUUUAAAACAAAUGGCUGUUCGGAAUAAAUGUUUUGUUGCAUUUA